AUGUCUUUAGUUGCUGUCGGGGCAUGUUACGUUGAUACAAUUCUAACAACUCCCCAUUAUCCGGAGGAGGAUGACAAACUGCGAGCCUCAAAUAUUUCGCGCCGGCGUGGCGGAAACUGUCCCAACUCUCUUGAAGUCCUCAGGCAACUGACGGAGCAAAGUCCCUCAGUGUCGUUGGACCUCCUUGCUGUGCUACCCGCCAAGUCAUCGAUCGCUUCUCAGCAGAUCCGGUCGGCCUUGGAACCCCAAGUUCGUCUCGACCAUUGCAUCUACCGCGAGGAGUUCAAUGAACCCGCUUCCAGCUACAUCAUCAAAAGCGAAUCGUCCGGUAGCAGGACGAUUGUGAAUUACAAUGAAUUGCCAGAAAUGACGGUUGGCGAAUUUACGCAGGUCGCAAAUGCUUUAGGAUCGAAAGCUGGAUGGUAUCAUUUCGAGGGUCGGAUACCAGAUGUGACUCUCGCCUGCAUACGCUAUCUUCGAGAGUGCCACCCAGCGGUUCGAAUCAGCGUGGAAGUCGAAAAGCCUGGGCGACCGGGUCUGCAGGAACUAGCAGCGGAAGCUGACGCUGUGUUUUAUUCCAAGAGCUGGGCCCAGGGAAACGGUUAUGCAUCAGCCGAUGAAUGCCUACGAAAGCAGUCUCUACUCACACGUAAUGCGUCCUUGCUCUUUUGUACAUGGGGUCAGGGCGGGGCUAUGGCUUUAGAGACGAGCACUGGUAAUCUCCUUCAUAGCCCGGCAUAUUCAGCACCAGGCUUUCAGGUGGUUGAUCCUAUUGGUGCCGGUGAUACGUUCAUAGCUGGUAUGCUGUACGCCUUAAUCUGCCAAGGAGACAAAUGGGAUGUUUUAAAGAAGCUUGAGUUCUCCAACCGAGUGGCAGGGAUGAAGGUUGGCCAAGAGGGUUUUUCUGACCUCGCAAGGGCUUUGAAGGCCUGA